GCCUCCCCAUUCUCAUCACUCCAUCUCACCUCAACAUAGCAUUUAUCUCUAUUACACAAUCUCGAAUUCAUUCAGUCUCAUCAUGAAGAUAGCGUCUUUCCUGACCGCUGCAGUCCUUUUGCUCGGUGCCUCUGCAGAGGUUCACAAGAUGGCCUUGAAGAAGGUUCCCCUUGAGGAGCAGCUUCAGUCGCUCGACUUCGAGAGCUCUCUCCGCCAUUUGGGACAGAAGUAUAUGGGUAUCCGCCCUGGUGCUCACCAAGCCGAGCUCGCCAAAUCCCGCCACGUCGGUUACGACGCCGAAGGCAAGGUUUCUCACGGCGUUCCCCUUACCAACUUCCUCAACGCCCAGUACUUUACCGACAUCUCCAUCGGUACCCCUCCCCAGGAGUUCAAGGUCAUCCUUGACACUGGAUCCUCCAACCUCUGGGUUCCUUCAUCAUCCUGCUCUUCCAUUGCUUGUUUCUUGCAUAGCAAGUACGACUCCUCUGCGUCGAGCACUUACAAGCCCAAUGGCACCGAUUUCGAGAUCCGUUACGGUUCUGGUAGCUUGAGUGGAUUCAUCAGCCAGGAUACCGUCACCCUCGGUGACUUGGAGAUCAAAAAGCAGGACUUUGCUGAGGCUACCAACGAGCCGGGACUUGCCUUCGCUUUCGGUCGUUUCGACGGUAUCUUGGGUAUGGGAUACGACACCAUCUCCGUUGAUCACGUCGUUCCUCCCUUCUACCAGAUGUACGAGCAGGGUUUGAUUGACGAGCCCGUCUUCGCUUUCUUCCUGGGUAACACCGCUGAUGGUGAGGACGGUGGUGAAUGCACUUUCGGUGGUCUUGACGAGGACCACUACACUGGAAAGAUCACUAAGCUUCCCGUCCGUCGUCGUGGAUACUGGGAGGUCGACCUCAACUCCUUCUCCUUCGGUGACGAGACGCUCGAGUUGGAAGGUACCGGUGCCGCCAUCGACACCGGAACGUCCUUGAUCGCCAUGCCCUCCGACGUUGCCGAGUUGUUGAACAAGGAGAUUGGUGCCAAGAAGGGAUGGAACGGACAGUACACCGUCGACUGCAGCGUCAUCGACUCCUUGCCCGAUAUCUCGUUCAACUUCUCCGGCCACAACUUCUCCCUCCCCGCCUCCGACUACAUCAUGCAGGUUCAGGGAUCCUGUAUCUCCUCCUUCACCGGCAUUGACAUCCCUCCUCCCAUGGGUCCUAUCUGGAUCAUUGGUGACACUUUCUUGCGCAAGUACUACUCUGUCUACCACCUUGGUGAGGACUACGUUGGUUUGGCUGAGGCUAGGAAGUAA